GACGCUAGAGCCAGCGCUGCAGAGGCAAAAGCACACAGUAAUAUAGCAGUCCAGACGCGCAGCAAACCGACCCGCAAUGUCUUUGUAGCUCUUUUAUCACGGAUUAGCGGUAAAGCACCUGUUUUAAAAGUAACGAAAGACGCUCUCUGUUCGUGUUUGAGCACCACAGGCGCAAAUAGAGGCGCACUUUCGAGACUUGCUUGUGUCCUCUUGGACUUUUGGACAGUCGCUGAAAAAUUAUUGUCGUUUCUGAUGAUCUUUUUCCCCUUUGAGACGAGUAAGUAAUUAAUCGCUGCUGGAUGAACACGACCACGGAGUCUGGCAUUGGGGGGACGGGUGCAAGACUUCAAGGAUGUAGUUUCUGAGCACCUGAGUGGAGCAUCCAGAUCUGAAGAAUAAACUUCGUAAGGCAACUUUGCUUACUUUCUAUACCGUGAAAACGCAUCGAGCCAUGGGUUGAAAGAAACGUUGUGCUCGGUGGGGAUCUUCAGUGUGGGAGGGAGAACCAUCUUCUGAGUUAUGUAAUGAUUGACUCUGCCUGAUCAUUACUGAUAGAUCUUAAUCAGAGAGGCCACAGUGCAUGUGUGUAUGGAUUCAUUUUAAUCUUAGACAUCCUUCAAAGUACUUUGAGAUACCUCCUUCAUAGAAUUGCGUUUGAAUCUUUUCUUCAGUGAUGGCCUGCACUAGUAAAGCAUUCCAUGCUGGUUUGGCAUGCUCCUGGCUGCAGGAAAUUAGACAAUCUACUGUUUCUUCAGCUCACUUAUCGGCGUUGAACCUUCUCCUCCGCAUGGCAACAUCUCAAAGAGCUUCUAAAAUGCUCUAAGGUUUACGUUUGCCCUCACAUUCGACACUAUGUAGUCAUCCUGACAUAUUACUUCUGUCAUUGCUUCUUUCUGAACACCUGACGCUAAAAGUUCAUCUAAUCCAGAGCCUCCGUUGGUCCCUCCCUCCCCCCCACUCAUCAGGGCUGGUGGGGGGGGUGGAUCGCGACCCCUUGGGGUUGAAGCCGCGGUGGAUACUUCCACCGCCAAAGGCAGGGCUUCCGCCAUGGAGGCCAGCCCGGAGAGCCCGAACCGGGCUGUGGAGUACCUCCUGGAACUCAAUAACAUCAUUGAGAGCCAGGCCAAGCUCCUGGAGACCCAACGGCGGCGCAUCGAGGAGCUGGAAGGCCAGCUAGACCGGGUCAAGCAGGAGAACCAGGGUCUGAGGCAGGAUAGCAGCCCUCGCACCCCCGGCUCGGACACCCCGGAACAGAACCACAAUCACAACCAGCCUCUGUCGCUUCCCAUCCAUCAUGACGGGGACGGCGGCACCUCCUCAGCUCAGACCAAAACAGGAUCCGCCACCACACCUGCAGGGUCCAGGGAGAGAAGGACCCACACCAGGCUGACCCGUGGCCUUUCCUGUGGCUCAUCCACCGCUGAGAGAGACCGCCUUGAACGCACCGACAGCACAGACACCAACACCAGCUCCACCAUUCGCAGAAAUGUACGGCCAUCGGCCAUGUCAGGGCAGCCCACCUCAGCUCCCAGCACUCCUUCCACAACGGGCAGCACUGUCCUCGCCACGCUCUUCUCCAGCAGUCUGACUGUUCACAGCUUCGUCAGCCUCCAUCAGUACUGCUGCCCUUCCACUGACCAUAGCUUACAGCAGCAGGGCAGUGUGGAAGUGGAGUCCCAGUGUCCGGGGGAGUCUGGCACCCACAAAGACACUUCUUUCAGCCAGGCACCUUACCUGCGAAGCUCCAAGCGCUACAUUGACAGCAGCGGUGGUAUUAUCUCCUCAAGCUCCAGGAGCCCUUCAUAUGUGGCUGCCUCCAGUUCAGCCAGCCUGGCCUGGGCGUUACGAACACGGCACCAGCCUGCCAGCCUAGCCCUUCGCAAGCAGGAAGAAGAGGAAAACAAGAGGUGCAAAGCUCUUUCAGACAGUUACGAACUCUCAACUGACCUUCAGGAUAAAAAGGUGGAAAUGCUGGAAAGAAAGUAUGGGGGUUCCUUUGUGAGUCGCAGGGCAGCCAGGACCAUUCAGACGGCCUUUCGGCAGUAUCGCAUGAACAAGAACUUUGAGCGCCUCCGAAGCUCGGCCUCUGAGAGUCGAAUGACACGUCGCAUCAUUCUGUCAAACAUGAGGCUUCAGUAUUCCUUUGACGAGCGCCAGUCUCAGCAGCAGGCCCAGACGCAGACCAAUUUCACUCACAGUGUGGCGAUAGGACCUCCUCAUUCUCCUGACCCUGACCGCCCGGGAGACUACACACACUUGGAGGACUCCUUCUCCAAACAGGUUAAGUCCUUAGCUGACUCCAUAGAUGAUGCCCUGACCUGCCGUGCAGGUCGCAAUGACUCUCAGGAGGAUAGCAAAGAUGGUGGUGGUCUCAGUGAAGAUUUUGGGGAGUGUGUGUGGAGCAGCAGCAGCAAUCCCUCCUCUCAAAGAGGCCUUGGUGAAAGAGCCAGAGGAGUAGGAGGAGGGCUCAGCAUGCAUGGAGACAGUACAGCUACCUCGUAUAGUGAUGUCACGCUUUACAUGGAUGACGGCAUGCCAUCCUCCCCACUCUCUCCAGACCGGGCUCCCAGCAGCACAGACACUGAGUACUGGGGACCUGGUGGUGGCGUCGGAGUGCGUGAAGACAGCAGGGACACAGAGGGAGGGGGCAGUAGUAACAGCCGGCGCAGUACACCUUGCACAGAGUGCAGAGACUAUCGUCUGAGGGGCGCACAUUUGCCUCUCCUCACUAUUGAGCCACCGAGUGACAGCUCAGUAGACAUGAGUGACCGUUCAGACCGUGGCUCUCUAACCAGACAAAUGGUUUAUGAGCAGGAUCCAGCAGUGGGGGCUGGCUCUCCUCAGGGAACCCUCAAACACUCCCCCAACACAGGCGCCCGCUCACCCUCAACAGCAGCCGCCCAGGGUCAGAUCAGAGCGCCUGGACGAGCCAUCCCCACACACAUCCCUCACCAGGUGGCCUCACACCACCACCACCACCACCAUCACCACCCCAUACAUCACCAUCAGUACCCUGACACACCUUCGUCCUCUUCAUCACCCCAGCAGCCACCCACGACCCCUCUGUCAUCAUCGUCCUCCACAGCUCUGCCUACUGGAGGCCUGGAGCAGCCAUGUUGCUCAGAUGGAGACAACGACUCUCUCAACUCCACCACCAACUCCAAUGAGACAGUCAACUGCAGCUCUGGUUCCUCAUCUCAGGACAGUCUGCAGGAACCUCUGCCCCCUCUAGGCAAGCAAACCUAUCAGAGGGAAAGCCGCCAUAGCUGGGAUUCGCCACCCUUCAACAGUGACGUAGUGCAGAGACGUCAGUACCGCAUAGGUCUCAACCUUUUCAACAAGAAGCCAGAGAAAGGGAUCCAGUACUUGAUUGAGAGAGGCUUUGUGUCCGACACUCCUGUUGGGAUCGCUCGAUUUAUCCUGGAGAGGAAAGGUCUGAGCAGGCAGAUGAUUGGAGAGUUCCUGGGAAACCGUCAGAAGCAAUUCAACAAAGAUGUUUUGGACUGUGUGGUUGAUGAGAUGGACUUCUCAGGAAUGGACCUGGAUGACGCUCUGAGGAAAUUCCAGGCUCAAAUCAGAGUUCAGGGAGAAGCACAAAAAGUGGAGCGACUCAUCGAGGCCUUCAGUCAGAGAUACUGUGUGUGUAAUCCUGUCCUGGUUCGGCAGUUCCAAAACCCUGACACAAUCUUUAUCUUGGCCUUCGCUAUAAUCCUCCUCAACACAGACAUGUACAGCCCCAACGUCAAAGCAGAGAGGAAGAUGAAACUUGAGGAUUUUAUCAAGAAUUUAAGAGGCGUUGAUAAUGGUCAGGAUAUUCCCAGAGACCUGCUUGUAGGAAUCUACCAGCGCAUACAGAAAUGGGAGCUACGCACCAAUGACGACCAUGUGUCCCAAGUGCAGGCAGUGGAGAGAGUCAUUGUGGGCAAGAAGCCUGUGCUGUCUCUUGCCCAUCGUAGGCUGGUGUGUUGUUGCCAGCUGUAUGAGGUGCCUGACCCUAACAGACCUCAGAGAACGGGUGUGCAUCAGCGGGAGGUCUUUCUCUUUAACGACCUUCUUGUGGUAACCAAAAUCUUUCAGAAGAAGAAAACCUCAGUGACUUACAGUUUUAGACAAUCUUUCCCUCUGGUUGAGAUGCAAGUGCAUAUGUUCCAGAACUCAUACUAUCCUCAUGGUAUCCGCCUGACCUCAGCUGUCUUGGGUGGGGAAAGAAAAGUUCUUAUCGUCUUUAUGGCCCCCAGUCAGCAAGACCGCACCCGCUUUGUUAGUGACCUCAGGGAGAGUGUUGCUGAAGUGCAGGAGAUGGAGAAAUAUAGAGUUGAAUCGGAGUUGGAGAAGCAAAAAGGUGUUAUGCGUCCCAGCUUGCUCACUGGAGUUGUGGUUGGUGGAGGAGCUGGUGUGAAGAGUGAUGUAGUGAAUGGUGUGUUAGGAAGGACAAGUUUUGAUGACAACUGCGAAGGUCUCAAACGCACCGCACUCAGCUCAUCUCUCAGGGACCUAUCGGAAGCAGGGAAGCGUGGUCGCAGCAACAGUGUUGGUUCUCUGGACAGUACCAUGGAAGGGUCCAUCAUUAGCAGUCCACAGCCUCACCAGCGCUAUCCAGUUCCAGGUGUUGUUCCUAGCCACUACGGAACAGAAGACUUCCGGCCUCAUCGCCCUAUCCUGAGCCCCGGAACAGGGAUGGGGGGUGGGCCGGGGCAGCAACAUACCACUGCUGGGACCGCAGUUGGGGGCGUCCCCAGCAGUGUGGAGAGAGCAGGAGUUGGCAGCGGCCCUGGGGGGAGCAGCAACAACAGCGGUUCCUUCCUGGGAUCACUAUUCGGCAGCAAGCGCGCCAAAUCACCAGGGCCCCUUAUUCCACCGGGGCCACCUUACCCCGCACCUGUGCCCCCACCAACGACGGGAGGGCCCCCACCUCACUCCCCUUCAUCCCUGUGCCAGCAGUUGGAGGGGGGGCCUUCCAAGAUCCAGGCCCUGCACGCACAGUACUGUCACGCGGCUACCGUGCAGCCCCCACCACCGUACUACCACCACCAUCGCUACCACAUGCAAAAUGUCCCUCCACCUUUGCAAGGAGUGCCCCCUCAUACUACACAGAGAAGCCCGCAACCCUGUCGUCCAGUCCUUGGCCCUUUACACGUCGCGCACCCGCAGCUGGCCCAUCUCUCCCAGCUCUCACAGCAUGGGCUUCCAUGUCGCUACACCAACAUGGUGGUGGGAUGCCCCCCCCUUUCUCCUCUCUCCCAGCAUUCGCCGAACCCGCAGUUUGCCCUGUACCACGUCCAGCCCACACACUCUAUCAGAGGGGGCAGCAGCUCUGUUACCAAACCUCCCCUAACCUUGUCUCACUCGCAUCCACACCCCCACACCCACUCCCAAACCCACCCCGGGCACGUGCUCACACCACACCCAGCCAGCCACUCCACCCAUCAAACACACUUCAUAUUCGGCACUCUGCCCCACAAUCUACCGUCCGCUACCGUCAACGCACAUCACACAGCCUCCGCCGGCCCGUAUCUGCCCCAGUACCCUCCUCUUUCUUCGAUCCCCCCUCCCCCACCACACUCCCCUUUACCCCCCCCUUCAUCCCCCCUUACCCCUCUUACACCUCUCUCCCCUCACCCCCCCCAGCACCCCGGGCAGCCUCAGCAGGGGCCACAGGUGACGGGGGCCGGAUCGACGGGUACAGGGGGAAGCUCCAAAUCCAAACCUAUCAACCGGAUAAGUACCGUAGUGUGAGCAGGAUGUGGGCGGCCCGCAGCCAUAGGUCAGAUGAUAGAGUGCAAGAGGUCAGCAGAGCCAGAGCGAGGGCGAGGUCGGCCAGGACAGAAAGUAACAGUAGCAGCGCAGUCGACAAGAGGAAACGCAGUUUGCUGCGUCUCUGUUACUUUCACCUCCGUUUCCCACAUAUGUAAACUGGGAGAUGGCAAAAUGACAUAAACUGCACACACAAUCAGAAAAUUCUAUAGCCAUAUAAUUUCCGAUGAAUAAAGUGUAUUUCUUGGCGCUGCAUCUGUUUUAACUCUUAGAAGUAUAUAGUUUAAGAAAGUAUUUAUAUGUAUAUAAAAAAGACAACCAUACUGUACAUCGAGCUGCUUACAUUGAGUAUCGGAGCAAAGAAUAUGCCACCAAAAAUAGGGUUCAGCAAAGUUUAAUAUUAUAAACAGCCACAUCGCAAAAACUGUCACUUGCCUCUGCAAUAAUUUCCUUAGCCUCAUGAUGUCCUCAUUCACUGCAGGGUCUACUUGGCAAAUACUAUUGUUUUAUUUCUGAAGAUGACCUCAGAGUUGUUGCUGUGUAUUUUGUUUUUGUUUUCGGCUUAAUGGUCUUUUACAUGUCAACAGGAGCCAUCUGGCUUCGUAAUGCAUUCUUUCGGGAGUUUGGGAAAUGAAACGUACAUCUACAAUCUAUUGUGAAUGUUUUUGAAGCUUCUUGCUGUUUUAUGAAUAUUACAUAAUAUCUGCUACGAGUAUGAUAAAUAGUGUUUGUAUGUAUCAGCAUAUGUUUGAACGUGGUUAUAACGAGUAGAAGCACAAAACGAGUGUUACAUUCCUAACGGAGAGUGCUUUGAUUAAAAAUAAUACUUUUACAUCACUCACACCAUUAUGUAAUCUCAUCCAAAUUCAUUGUUUUUUUCAAUUACAUGAAAUAUCAGUGAUGUUUUGUUUCAACUGACAAUAUUUGUGUUGUUUGUUUGAAGGAAGGAAAACUUCCCGCAUUCUUUUUCUUUCAUUGUUGGAAAAAAAGUGGAAAUGUAGGAAUAUCAACUUUCUUUUUCCUACUCAUCACAUUUAGCAUUGGGUAUAUAGAUAUGUUUUGAAGAAGCACGCUUUUACAAGAGGAUUUGUGAAUUUUGCACGUGAUGUCUUAAGUCAGAAAUGACCUUCAUCUUACUCUCACCCCUCCAGCCCACUUUUUAAGAACUUGCUUCCUACAUUUUCUGAUGCUUUAGAUUUCCGCUGGGGAUUCUUACAAUAUAUAAAAAAAAAACUAAAAAAAACAGACUUAACAAUAAUUAAGAAUGUAAAACAGCCCACAGGUACUUGCAUUCCUUAUUAUUCUGUGGGUCUUGUGUACCUUUUUGCGUCUGCAAUAUUUUCAGUUGUGAGUAUAUACUGACAUAUAGUUACCUACAGUGCCAGCUAAUAAUAAGAGGAACGAUUACAUAUUAUAAUUGAUGAGUAGAGGAGUGUGGACAAAACUGUGCCAAUCUUUGAUAUUAACAGACUGAAACAAAACUUGAAAGUCUGAAUACACAAAAAAAGGCUAUACAAAGGAGGUUUGGGGAAAGUCAAGAAUGUGAGAUGAAGGUUUUAUAUGUAUUUGUUUGUGUUGCUUAGCCUUUUUCUUUCAUGGUGUCAUAUUUGACUCUUCUUGCAUGAAUACUGUAUAUCUGCACUUAUUUAAUAGAUUGUACUGUAUAAACCUGAAUGUAAAUAAUAUACUAUAGGCUUCUUCUCAGCCAUGGGACAAAGUGCUACCAGUUUGUAUUCAGGUGCGUGCAUGUGAGUGCCAUAAUGUAUGUACAUAUGAGGAAUAGAAAAUGUUGUCCAAAAGGAAUAGCUACUUGUUUUGCUUCCCUAUAUUCAUAAUGACUGAAGAUGAGAGAAUGAAUUUGACUUUAAUGUUUAUGCUUACAUGUUAGUGCACUUAUUGAUAUUUUUUUUUAACAACUGAGUUACAUUUUCUUUUGUGGUUCUGUUAUGUGUGCCAAAAGAAUAUACAUUUGAUAUGUGAAUAUUUAUUGCUUCUGAUCAAUUAAAGUGUCCUUGCAGUGACAUUAA